AUGAUAAAUCUCGCCAAGAUUUUAUUCAAACUUUGCUUUUAUUUUCAGAAAAGAUUAAGUGAGGAAGUGGAAGCUAUUGAUGUAAGGGAAAAUGCAUGCCGAAAAGGUCGGCAACAAUUAAUUGCUGAAAAUAAAAAAUUCUAUGAAAGUGUUGACAAGCAAACUCGCAAAGCUGUCUCCCCAUUGAUUAAAUCGUUCCAAAUUGAAUACGAUCGAGUUACUGAUAGGGCUAAAGCUGCAGAGAGUUGUGUGAUUGUAAGCUGUCGAGCAAUAACCUCUGCCUGUGUUGAGGUGCAGGAUAGAGGGGUUGUGUCAAUUGCGCCUUGUGUUAUUCAUCUUGAAAUGUUUGAGCAAUUUCGUAAGAGAGAUGGCAAUUUUAUGCUUGGCAAUCGUGAUAUUGGCAAUCGAAUGAAUGCGAAUGCGCUGCAAGAUUGUCGCCACCCUUCUCAGUAUUUGGAACGGAUUCCACUGUUGCUGAGAGAGCUAGGACGGUUGCAUUCUGUCGAUGAACAAGUAGGAAAUUUAACAAAACAGGUACAUGAACUACGAGAAGAAUAUGCUGAUUUGCAAAAUCAAGGCUCGUCUUUUUUCAAUUCCACUAUAUCUGGGAAAAUUUUUUUGGCUUCUGAUGAAAAAUUUGAGAAAACUGCACAUGUAUUGAAUCUAAUUUUUUGUAAAUUGCAUUAG